GGGUUCCCCAAGUCCUGAGACCUCAAUCUUUCUCGCUCUGAAAUUGUUGGAUGAUGGAGUUGUCCCAGAACGCUUAGGAAGAUCAAGAAAUGAGAAAAAUAUAAGCAGGGAUAAGUGGAUGAUACCCAAAACUCCACAUCUCCAACAAACACUAAAUUCUGAUCUUUACGAUCAUGGAAAGCAAGACCAUCGAAUCUCGAGAUCCGGAGUUGGAAGAGAGUUUCUCAUUGAGCAGCUGCUACGAUUUCAAGUACUCCUCUUCCUCUCUCACUAUCUUCUCCGAUAACGAUCAGACUGAUCAUGACGAUGACGAAUCCUAUAUUGAAAUUGCGCUUGAACCCGCGGCAUAUCUCGGUGAUGGUGAUACUGGUGGCGGCAAUGGAGGAGAGAACUGUUAUGAUGAUGAAAUGGAGCUUCGUAUAUCACUUUCAUCCGGUGUUUUCCUCCCAGCCGAAACAAGAACCACGGAGCCAUACGAGUCUGUGAAUUACUGUACGUCGUCUUUGUCGUCGUCCUCCUCCUCGGUGUUUACUUUCAGCUCUUCCUCCACAGAGGCAGAAAGUCAGCGGAAUUCACAGGAGGAAUACAAGCUUUGUAAUUCUAGCUUGCAGAAGACUAUUAAAAGCAAGGCACAGUUUCCGGCAAUCGAUCGCUUUGUCAAUGCGUUCACUUACAAUAUCGGGGAAUCGUCGGAGAUUGACCUAAGAGAUGGCCGUUCUCAAGACGCCAACCACUUGGACCUCGUAGCUGUCAGUAAUAGCACAAGCAACCCAUUGAAGAUAACUGCACCAAGGACGACUGUAAACAAUGGCACCAUGACGAAGGUCUUUACAAUAUUUCGUCCCCUAAAAUUCAGAACAUUACUUGCAUCGUUUCUCAAGGCCUCCCAGGCAAAAUCUUCCGUUGACAAGGGAAAAGUACGAGGAGAGAAAUUUUGGAGAUAUAACCAGAGUCUAACCAAGCAAACAGUGGAGAAGUGUUCAGUGGAAAGGAAGAAAGGAGAGAAGUCAACAGUUAUAGAACUGAACUGGGACACGGCUAGAGGGGUUUUAGAAGCCAUGACCAUGAGCAUUAGGAGUAUUGGUCGCAGAGAAAGAAGAAUAAAAGGCUGUGCUGAUUCAACUACGUCCUCCCCAAUUCACCAGCGAUUUCCGGCUAAAAGUUACAAAAUUUCAUCAGCUGCCCCUGAUAACUCUAUUCAGGCAGCUAUUGCUCAUUGUAAGAAAUCAUUUAGCCCAGAUGUUUGAUAUUUUGUUCCUUUAGCGUCUCCCUUACCCUUACCCUUACCCUUACCCUUACCCUUACCCUUACCCUUACCCUUAUGUGUAAUUUCCAUACAAAUUAAUUCUCAAUGAAUAAUAUGAAAUCCAUUACAGUGA